AACACAGCGCACAGGACAGAGCGAUUUGCAAUAUCAAACACAGGGCACCGUGGAUUGGUUUGAAGCUUUUCGACUUGCUCCUUUUGGAUGUUAAGCUGAAGUUUCAGGACUUUUAGGCUGCAAGUGUGUCAAACUGAAGCUGAUGACCUGAAAAAAAAAGGACCUGGAAAUCUCUUAGUCACCACAAAGCUACAACACCAACAGACUUCUGUCCUCGUUUGCAACCUUCAUGUGCAUCCAGUGUCAGCACAUCAUCCUGAAUUCGUCCAGUUGAGAUCUCAGUGUGACGCACUCAACCGCAGAGACACUACAGGCUGUGAGGACAAGGUGGCUUUCUGACCCCAUUGGUCCACAGUGGUCCCAUAAUGGGGAAGACUGGGCAAAGUACAGUGGACUUGAACUCCCCGUCAGAGGUCAAACAAGCAGUUCCCUUUGAGGAGUUGGAUCGUGUGGCGCCCCCUGCAGAUGAAAAGAAGAAAGAGGAAGAGCCUCCUGACAGGGGAAGCUGGAAGGGCAAGUUUGAUUUCCUGCUCUCAUGUGUGGGAUAUGCCAUUGGUUUAGGAAAUGUCUGGAGGUUUCCAUACUUGUGUGGCAAGAAUGGUGGAGGGGCCUUCCUGAUCCCAUACUUUAUGACACUGGUGUUUGCUGGGAUACCUCUUUUCUUCCUGGAGACAGCUUUGGGACAGUUCACCUCAGUUGGAGGACUGGGGGUGUGGAGGCUAAUCCCUAUGAUGAAGGGAGUUGGUCUGGCUGCAGUUGUCUUGUCCUUCUGGCUCAACAUCUACUACAUUAUCAUCAUUGCUUGGGCGCUCUACUACUUAUUCAACUCCUUUGGUUCGGAGCUGCCUUGGCAAAGCUGUGAUAACCCCUGGAACACAGACAAAUGUUUUUCCAACUACAGUCUGACAGACACUACAAACCUGACCAGCGCUGUCACCGAGUUCUGGGAGCGUAACAUGCACCAGCUGUCCAAUGGUCUGGAGGAACCAGGAGAGCUACGCUGGCCCUUAGUGGGCACUCUUGGGCUGGCGUGGGUCCUUGUCUACUUCUCAAUUUGGAAAGGAGUGGAAUGGACAGGGAAGGUGGUGUAUUUCUCAGCCACCUAUCCCUACUUCAUGCUGUUCAUCCUGUUCUUCAGAGGGGUCACACUCCCUGGAGCCAUAGAUGGGAUUCUCUUCUACAUUACUCCAGACUUCAAAAAGCUCAUUCGAUCUGAGGUUUGGCUGGAUGCAGCAACUCAAAUCUUCUUUUCAUAUGGACUGGGCCUGGGUUCGCUCAUCGCACUGGGAAGCUACAACUCUUACAACAAUGAUGUCUACAGGGACGCAGUCAUAGUGUGCUGCAUCAACUCUUGCACCAGCAUGUUUGCUGGAUUUGUCAUCUUCUCCAUCGUAGGUUUCAUGUCACACAUCACAAAGAAACCUGUGGAGGAACUGGCAGCAUCAGGUCCAGGGUUGGCAUUUUUAGCUUAUCCUCAGGCAGUCACACAGCUUCCCAUGUCCUCCCUGUGGGCCAUUCUCUUUUUCUCCAUGCUCAUGAUGUUGGGCCUGGACAGUCAGUUCUGCACGGUAGAGGGCUUCAUCACAGCUCUGAUGGAUGAAUAUCCACUGGUUUUGAGGAAGAGGAAGAAGGUCUUCAUCCUCAUUGUCUGCUUCAUCUCCUUCAUCAUUGGCUUCUCUAACAUCACACAGGGUGGUCUCUAUGUGUUCAAGCUGUUUGAUUACUACUCUGCCAGUGGGAUGUGCCUGCUCUUCCUCGUCUUCUUUGAAACCAUUUCCAUAUCCUGGUUUUAUGGAGCUGAAAGAUUUUAUACGAACAUUGAGGACAUGAUCGGCUAUCGGCCAUGUGGCUGGUGGAAGCUUUGCUGGAUGAUCUUCACGCCUCUAAUCUGCUUGGGGGUGUUUACCUUCAGUGCCAUUGAGAUGACUCCGCUCAGCUUGGGGAAGUAUGUGUACCCCCUGUGGGGCCAAGUGAUUGGCUGGCUAAUGGCAAUGUCCUCCAUGGUACUCAUCCCAGGCUAUGUUAUCUACAUGUUCUGCACCACCAAGGGCAGCAUCAAACAGCGUUGGCGGAAGAUGACAACUGCCCAAGAGGAUGAAAGGCGAUCAGGGCAGGAUGAAUUCACACACACAGACAGUGUGGGUGAAGCUUCUGUCUAAUCUUGAGUGUUCAAGCUGAAAUGAUCCGGCUGCCAGGACUUAAUGUAGUCAGUACUGAAAUUUAACAGUUCAAUGGAUGGAUUGAGUAUUGUCUCUGGACUGCAGUGUAUGAGCAUCCUGUACAUUGAAUUGGGCUAAAAAUCGAAUAAAUAGAUAAAGAAGAUGAAGAUGUAUUUUUUUUUAAAUAGAUAGUUCCUUUUAAAAGUAAAAGCUAUGACCAUAAAUUGAAUGAUGACAGGUCACAAUGAACCUGUAUACAAAGCCCAUGUGUACAAUAUACCAUGAUGAAUGUAAAUCUCCACCCUCUUUAUAAAUUGCAACACAAUAAAAGUCUUUGUUUAUAAGCUUACCACAAAUGUAAUGAAUGUUGUUGUAUUGCGAAAUGAAACAGUCUGGUAAAACUUCAUUUUAAUAUAUAAAACUGUAAUAACGCCAAGAAUCCCCUAAGUUUCAUCUUAAAGAAUCAACCAACCAGUCACUGUGAUGUAGUUAUUCUCAGCAAUAAAGUAUCACUUGUCUGUAGGCUAUAUUCAUUGGAGCCAAAAUUAAAAUAAUAAAAAGACAAAUUCUCAUGAUAAUCUUUACACGAGGAAAGCUGCACAUGCUAUGCACCGUAUUGUGUUUCUCACAGUUUUGAGAUACCUGUUUUUAGCUUUUAAUUAUGUAUAUUGAAAAGUUUGAUUAAAAUAUUAGACAGCUGUAAAUAUAACUGUUUUGGUAUCUACAUGGAGUGUCUAUAAAAGAUGGAUGUAGGCCCAGGAACUGAGGAGUGAAGCCAAUGUGGAAGUGCCUUAAACUUAAAUUCUUUCACCUGACCAGCAGGGGGCAACUCCUCUGGUUGCCAGAAGAUGUUUCAUUUUUCAGAUGUUUAUGAUAAAAUUAGCCUGUUGUUCAAGUAAACACAUCACUAAUGAGUUUAUUGUCUCAAUCACUAUUUUUAUGUCUUACUUAAUACAAGAUAAUGUUCAUUUUGUAAAUUAAGGUCAAAUUUAGAGUAAAAUAGAUGAUAUAAAUGGGCAAUCCUGUAGCGAUGUCCAAAAUGCAGAAAACUGGAGAAAAAAAAGACUAAUGGGUUGGCUACAUCCAUAUUUUAUAUUCAGUCUGUGCUUGUAUUAAGUGUAUUUUUAAACAAUGAAAGAUUUUUCAUGAUAAAAUGUGUGACAACUGUGUGGAUUAGAGAAAAUCCCAAAUAAAUUCAAACUUGUACACCCAA